GAGGCCAAAUGGGAGAUAAAUCACCUCUGGCCACCUCUCUUAUUAUUGAAAUGGUUCAGCCCUGGGGUUUAACUGAAGGACUUACAGGGUUUUGAAGUGCAAAUAGGAUGGUGAAGGGUAAACCCUUUUAGGGUUUCAUUUUGAUGGAUUUUUUUCCUGUGUGGAUUUCUGGCACUGACUGUGAUCUGGAAGGGGCCCUUAAAAAAGAAAAGUUUUGUUUUGUUUUUGAUCAAUCAGGCAAUAAGAACUUUCCACAGGGGUGUACUUUUCCUGCAUGCAUAUCGAUCCUAUUGUGUUUAAAACAGUGUGGUGGUUCCUGAGAGCAUCUGUCACUUUAGGCAUUACAAGAUGGAUGGGUCUCCAGUGAACUGCUGGUUGAAGCAAAUGGUGAAAAUAAGAAAAGACAAGGGGUUUCGGGGUCUGCAGAAAGGACAGACAACAAGGAAACACUGUUAGAAAUCAAGAGUAAGCUGAGCAAUAGAGAAAGAGAGAGCAAAGAUGGAUCAUAUGUCAUUUUAUAAACAUCUUGGAAAUCAGAGGCUUUUGGUGGCUACUGUGAUCUGAGGGGCACGACUGCAUCAUGGUGCAAAAAAGCUUUAAACAAGUAAAAUCUAGACAACAGGCUCCCUGAAGUAUUGACAGCCCAACUUAAUCAUGACCGUGAUUCAAAAAUGUUAAUAAAUAAACCAAGACCAUGGGGAAUUCAUAUGCUGGGCAACUGAAAUCUGCUCAAUUUGAGGAAGCUCUCCACAACUCCAUAGAAGCCUCUCUCAGAUGUAGUAGUGUGGUUCCACGGCCAAUUUUUUCCCAGCUGUACCUGGACCCUGACCAGCAUCCUUUCUCAUCUGCAGAUGUAAAACCCAAGGUGGAGGAUCUGGAUAAAGAUUUGGUACACCGCUACACUCAAAAUGGAAGCCUGGAUUUUUCUAACAAUCUAACAGUUAAUGAAAUGGAAGAUGACGAAGAUGAUGAAGAAAUGUCUGAUUCAAAUAGCCCACCAAUUCCCUAUUCACAAAAACCUGCCCCAGAAGGGUCUUGCACUACAGAUGGUUUUUGUCAAGCAGGAAAGGAUUUGCGUUUGGUAUCUCUUUGUAUGGAACAAAUCGACAUCCCAGCAGGAUUCCUCCUGGUAGGGGCCAAGUCUCCCAAUCUGCCUGAACACAUUCUCGUGUGUGCUGUAGACAAGCGAUUUCUACCAGAUGAUCAUGGGAAAAAUGCACUUUUAGGGUUUUCUGGAAACUGUAUCGGCUGUGGAGAAAGAGGAUUUCGGUAUUUCACAGAAUUUUCCAACCAUAUUAACUUGAAGCUCACCACCCAGCCAAAGAAGCAGAAGCACUUAAAGUACUACCUAGUCAGAAGCUCCCAGGGUGUACUGUCGAAGGGACCUCUUAUCUGCUGGAAAGAAUGUAGAAGCCGACAAUCCUCUGCCACUUGCCACUCUAUGAAACCAAACUCUUCAGUAUCAUCAACUGUGACACCAGAAAAUGGCACAACUAAUGGAUACAAAUCAGGAUUCAUUCAGACAGAUUCACCGAUUCUCAGUCCAGCUAAUUCUGCAAUCAAUUUAAGUGGAGCUCAGGACCUGACCCGGAAUAAGAAUGUUGUGAAGCCACUGGCUUUAUCUUUGCAGGUUGUAGGGAAGACUUUUGCUGCAGAUGCUGCUAAUGGAAACAGUAGCCAUGGAGGGAAGAGCAGUGCCUCCAGCUCUACUCCAGCCCGCCCAGGAAAUUACUCAUUAUCACCAAGACCUAGCUAUGCAUCAGGAGACCAAGCUACCAUGUUUAUUUCUGGGCCACCAAAGAAACGACACCGGGGAUGGUAUCCUGGGUCACCUGUCCCCCAACCUGGUUUAGUUGUACCUGUUCCUACAGUUCGCCCUCUUUCAAGAAGUGAGUCCCUUUUAUCUGCCCCAGUUCCACAGACCCCAUUAACUGGAAUUUUACAACCUCGACCCAUUCCUGCAGGGGAAACUGUAAUUGUUCCUGAAAACCUGCUGACUAACUCAGGAGUUAGACCAGUAAUUCUGAUAGGCUAUGGCACUUUACCCUAUUUCUAUGGAAAUGUUGGUGACAUUGUUGUGAGUCCUCUGCUGGUGAAUUGCUACAAGAUUCCACAGUUGGAAAACAAAGAUUUGGAACAUUUAGGGUUGACUGGCAGCCAGCUCCUGAGUGUGGAAAACAUGAUUCUUCUGACGAUACAGUAUCUUGUGCGACUGGGUCCUGAUCAGAUACCUCUCAGGGAAGAAUUUGAGCAAAUCAUGCUGAAAGCUAUGCAAGAAUUUACUCUGAGAGAGAGAGCCCUGCAGAUGGGUGCUCAGUGUGCACCUGUGUCUCCAGGACAGCUCCCCUGGCUGGCUAGACUAAUUGCCAGCGUAUCUCAAGACUUGGUUCAUGUGAUUGUGACCCAGAACUCUUUGGCAGAGGGCAUUUCGGAGACGUUGAGGACUCUCAGUGAAAUGAGACACUAUCAAAGACUACCAGAUUAUGUCGUGGCAAUUUGUGCAUCGAAAAUCAGAGGAAAUGAAUUUUGUGUGGUAGUACUAGGUCAGCAUCAGUCCAGAGCUCUGGCAGAGAGCAUGCUCACCACAAGUGAGUUUUUGAAAGAAAUUAGUUAUGAGCUCAUCACAGGAAAGGUCAGUUUCCUGGCAUCGCAUUUCAAAACCACAUCAUUAGGUGAUGACCUGGACAAGCUUCUAGACAAAAUGCAACAAAGAAGAGGAGAGAGUGUGGUUACGCCCUUCAAUGGAGACCUUCACGAAUGUGUGUCAGCUCAGGAGGCUGCCGCUAUGAUUCCCACGCAAAACCUGGAUUUAGAUAUUGAAACCUUCCAAAUUUAUCAACCACAGCUAACGGUUGCCAGAAAACUCUUAUCCCAGGUGUGUGCUAUAGCAGACAGCGGCAGCCAGAGCCUGGACCUCGGCCACUUCAGCAAAGUGGACUUCAUCAUCAUUGUCCCAAGAUCGGAGGUUCUGGUCCAGCAAACUCUUCAACGGAUUCGACAAUCAGGUGUCCUUGUAGACUUGGGUCUGGAGGAAAAUGGGACAGCUUAUCAAAGAGCAGAGAAAUAUGUUGUUCGUCUAGACAAUGAGAUUCAAACCAAGUUUGAAGUUUUUAUGAGAAGGGUAAAACAGAACCCGUACACACUGUUUGUGCUAGUUCAUGACAACUCCCAUGUGGAACUAACGAGUGUCAUUUCGGGCUCUUUGUCACAUGGUGAACCUAGUCAUGGAUUGGCUGAUAGAGUCAUUAAUUGCAGAGAAGUUCUGGAAGCUUUCAACCUGCUGGUGCUCCAGGUUAGCUCAUUCCCAUACACACUACAGACCCAACAGUCUCGUAUCAGCUCCAGCAAUGAGGUUCACUGGAUACAGCUGGACAACAUGGAGGACAUGAGCUGUGAGGAGAAGUUGUACUUCGGCCUGAAUGAAUACAGUAAGUCUCUACAGUGGGGAAUCACAAGUCCACUUUUGAGAUGUGAUGAGACUUUUGAAAAAAUGGUGAACACGCUCUUGGAAAGGUACCCCAGGCUACACAGCAUGGUCGUCCGCUGCUACCUUCUCAUCCAGCAGUACUCAGAGGCUCUGAUGGCCCUCACCACCAUGGCGUCACUCCGAGACCACAGCACACCAGAAACACUCAGCAUUAUGGAUGACCUCAUCAGCUCCCCAGGAAAAACCAGAAGUGGGCGGGGACACAUGCUCAUUAUCAGGGUGCCCUCUGUGCAGCUGGCGAUGUUAGCCAAGGAGCGGCUGCAGGAGGUGCGCGACAAGCUGGGGCUGCAGUACCGCUUUGAGAUCAUCCUUGGGAACCCUGCCUCUGAACUCAGUGUUGCAACUCACUUUGUGGCACGAUUAAAGACCUGGAGAGGAAAUGAACCAGAAGAGUGGACCCCUCGGACAUACCAAGAUUUAGAAGGUCUGCCUUGUAUUGUGAUACUAACUGGCAAAGAUCCUCUUGGAGAAACCUUUCCCAGGUCUUUGAAGUAUUGUGACCUCCGGCUCAUCGACUCAAGCUAUUUAACUCGCACAGCCUUGGAGCAGGAGGUGGGUCUGGCCUGCUGCUAUGUCUCCAAAGAGGUCAUCCGAGGGCCUGCUGUUGCCCUGGACCUUAGUGGGAAGGAGCAGGAGAGAGCUACCAUCAGCGAGAACGACUCUGAUGAGUUGCUGAUCGACCUGGAGAGGCCACAGAGCAACAGUAGUGCUGUCACUGGAACCUCAGGCUCCAUCAUGGAGAACGGGGUGAGCUCUUCCAGCGCGGCUGAUAGGUCCCAGAAGCUGUCGCUGACCCCCAGCUUCCAGAGCCCGGCCAACAGCAUGGGCCUGGAUGAAGGGGUCUCCGCAGGCACAGGGGGAGCCGGGGAGACCCUGAAGCAGGAGUGUGAUUCCCUGGGCCCCCAGAUGGCCAGCAGCACCACCUCCAAGCCGUCGUCGUCCUCCUCCUCCUCCUCGGGACCCCGGGCCCUGUCGUGGCCCGGGCAGCUGCCCCAAGGCUGCAGGGGCCUGCAUGCCGCCCUGCCCCCCAUCGUGAUCUUAUCGAAAGCGGCCUAUAGCCUGCUGGGCUCGCAGCGGGGAGGCAAGCCGCCCGCGUCCUCCUCGCUGCUGCCACACGCCGACGUGGCCUGGGUGAGCUCCCUGCGGCCGCUGCUACACAAGGACAUGAGCAGCGAGGAGCAGUCCCUCUACUACCGGCAGUGGACCUCAGCUCGUCAGCACCACGCCGACUUCAGCAACCAGCCAGACCCCGCCUCCGGCGCCCGCGCCUGCCACCCUCGGCGGCUGCUGCUGACUGGUCCCCCCCAGGUGGGAAAGACGGGCUCCUAUUUGCAGUUCCUUAGGAUCCUCUUCCGCAUGCUCAUCAGGCUCCUGGAGGUGGAUGUGUAUGAUGAGGGAGAGAUCAACACGGACCACAGUGAAUGCAGUGGAGUCAGCCAGGCAGAGGGAGAGCCCUGGCCUGACAUCGAGAGCUUCAGUAAAAUGCCCUUUGACGUCAGCGUGCAUGAUCCCAAGUACAGUUUGAUGAGCCUGGUAUAUACUGAGAAGCUGGCAGGGGUCAAACAAGAAGCAAUAAAGGAUUCCAAAGUUGAGGAGCCCAGGAAGCGAGGAACCGUGUCCAUGAUGCUGACCAAAUACGCAGCCUACAACACCUUCCACCACUGUGAGCAAUGUCACCAGUACAUGGACUGCACCUCUGCCUCCCAGAUGUCUGACUCCACCCUUCAUGCAUUCACAUUCUCAUCCUCUAUGCUGGGAGAAGAGGUGCAGCUCUAUUUCAUCAUUCCCAAAUCCAAAGAGAGUCAUUUUGUCUUCAGCAAGCAGGGUAAACACCUGGAGAGCAUGCGGCUGCCCCUGGUUUCAGACAAGCAGAAUUUGAAUGCAGUCAAGAGCCCUAUUUUCACUCCUUCCAGUGGUCGCCAUGAGCAUGGACUCCUAAACCUUUUUCACGCCAUGGAGGGCAUCAGCCACCUGCAUCUUCUGGUGGUCAAAGAAUAUGAGAUGCCGCUGUACCGCAAGUACUGGCCCAACCACAUCAUGCUGGUGCUUCCUGGCAUGUUCAAUAAUGCAGGCGUGGGUGCUGCCAGGUUUCUCAUUAAGGAGCUGUCCUACCACAAUCUGGAACUGGAGAGGAACCGCCUGGAAGAACUGGGAGUUAAACGCCAGUGUGUCUGGCCUUUUAUCGUUGUGAUGGAUGACUCGUGUGUUCUAUGGAACAUUCACAGUGUUCAGGAUCAGACCAGCCAGCCCAUGGAAGCAGGAGUUUCCAGUAAGAAUGUGUCCUUGAAGAGCGUCUUGCAGCAUAUUGAAGCAACACCAAAAAUCAUCCACUACGCAAUCCUUGGCAUACAGAAAUGGAGCAGCAAGCUGACUUCUCAGAGCCUGAAAGCCCCAUUCUCUAGGUGCCAUGUGCAUGACUUCAUUCUCCUUAACAUAGACUUGACUCAGAAUGUGCAGUAUGACUUCAACAGGUAUUUCUGUGAAGAUGUUGACUUUAACCUGAGAACAAACAGUAGUGGCCUGCUCAUCUGCCGCUUUAAUAACUUCAGUCUCAUGAAGAAACAUGUUCAGGUUGGAGGGCAAAGGGACUUUAUCAUUAAACCAAAGAUUAUGGUGUCAGAGAGCUUAGCACCCAUCUUGCCCCUUCAGUAUGUCUGUGCUCCCGACAGUGAACACACACUACUGGCAGCCCCUGCGCAGUUUCUCCUGGAGAAGUUCCUUCAGCAUGCUUCCUACAAACUCUUCCCCAAAGCCAUCCAUAACUUCAAGAGUCCUGUGUUGGCCAUUGACUGCUACCUUAACAUUGGACCAGAGGUGGCCAUAUGCUACAUCAGCUCCAGACCCCACUCCAGCAAUGUCAACUGUGAAGGGGUGUUUUUCAGUGGACUUCUCUUGUACCUCUGUGACUCUUUUGUAGGUGCUGAUCUUCUGAAGAAAUUUAAGUUUCUAAAAGGUGCUACCCUGUGUGUCAUCUGCCAAGACAGAAGCUCCUUACGCCAAACAAUUGUCCGCUUAGAGCUGGAGGAUGAGUGGCAGUUCCGCCUCCGAGACGAGUUUCAAACUGCUAACAGCAGUGAUGACAAGCCCCUCUACUUUCUUACUGGCCGCCACGUAUGACCUUUCGGAGACACCAAAAAUAGCAAAGGGAUGCCUAGGUGGGGUGGGGCAGAAACAUUUAUUUGGGAUUUUUUUUUCCUUUAAAGUACAAUCACUGUGGAGCAAAGUGCAACAUAUUUGUUCUCCAAAGAAAUCCGCCCCUCCAACCCCAAUCUGAGGCAGGUCUCUGGGGUAUCACUCUCUUUCAAUUCCACUUUUGGGACCUUCAAUUCAGGUUAACUCCACCCUAGGCAGUUAUGCAAUUACUUAAGACAUGGUCUGCCAUGGGAGCCUGAGGAGGGUGUACUUUGGAGAAAUAACGUGGAGUUUGCAUUGUUUUUUCUACUAUACUGUGUUAGGGGGAAAACGGACUCUCAGCAUUAGCUAGCCUGAAUGUGUUACAUGAGACUCACACCACUGGUGUGGAAUUAAAUGAAGAUUAACGUUUGAGGCCUGAACCCUCAGUUUCUCUUCAGAUCUGUACUUUGGUACAGUACUACUCAGGGGUCUGAAAUGAUAGAAUGUAGAAGAUAUUUGUAUUUUAAAAAAAAAGAAGUAGCUUUGUCUUUCUCUGUGCAGUGUUAGUUUAAGAUUUAUAAUCUUAUAUGUAUUGAAACUUUUGGCAAAAUUUCCACACGAGUUAAAAGUUUACUAUUUAAACUGAACAAACAAAUCAGUAAAUGCAGAGCAGGCACUGUAUGCAUUUAUGCAGCUUCUCCUUGCUGAAAUUCCUUUGGUUUUUUUCAUUCUUUAAAAACCUUUCCAGUCUCUAAGCACACUAUGUCUAUGAGAAUAUGGAACAGAGUUUAAACUUGUACAAGGAGAACCUAAUUCAGUAGUUGAGCCAAUUAAGAAGCUUUCAGCAGUCACCCCAUACCCACCCUGUUUGGGAUUAAGCAGUUGGCACCAGCAAAGCUAAAUGUCAGGCUCUGGUUCUGUGUGGAAUGGAACUAGUUUGUUUCUUUUCAUGGCCUCAAGCAAAGCUUCCUUUAAUAAAAAAUACACUGAAUAAAUAUCAGCUACCUUAUAUAGACAACAACACAAAAACUGCUGAAAUGGGAAACAGAGCCAUAGAAAGACCACUGUUUUAAUCUUACCAGUGAUUCUUUUGUGAGGAGUAAGAAAGAUUCCAUUAAAAGUCUCUGACUCACUAAAAUCGGUAGGGGGUGUUUUUUCAGUACCAACAGUGUAAGUUUCUCACCAUGUAUUUUAAUCAAACCCAGGCUUUUAGAAAAUGUUCUAGAACAAAUGAAGUCCUUUGGAAGUUUGUGCUUAAAUUACUCUAGUUCUCAUCAUUCAACAAUUUGACAUUUUUCUCAUGAGCCCACACAUACCACUUAAAAUGGCCAUUUUUACUUGAAUUGAAGUCUUACUUAUGGCCUGAAACUACUGAGAGGUGGCUGACUCAGCCUGCAUUUACUUAGAACAAAUAACGUUAACUGACCAGCUUUAUUAGCUUGUGAUAACAAGGAGUUUACAGUAGUGAAAAAAUGGAAUGUACUAAUCUGAAAUGGUUUGCAGAUCUCUUGGUUUUAAUAUAGCUUACGAUGCUUUAAAUGUAUUUUGAAAUGAACAAUUCCUUUAAACCCCAUUUUAAAUUCUCCUUCAACGAGGAUCUGCCUUAUGUAUACUUUAAAAAUACUCAUAAUUUCAGUACAGAAUUUUUGGUAAAGAGGUACGUUUUGAAGCAGGUUGAUUUAGAUAUGAAUGUAUUUCAAUUGUUCCUGUUUUGUUGAAAGGGCCUAAUGCAGAGGAUAUCAAGAAACCCACUGUGCAAUAUUCCAAUAUUUAUAGGGCAAAUAAAAUACUUGAAAUAAUCCCAAAACACUUGUAACUGGGGCAGAUGGACUCUCAGGGUUUCUUCUGGCUUUAUGGCUUCAAAGUCUUUAUAAAGCGUGUUUUUUUUUUAAGUAGUAACCUUAGAUGCAGGUACUCCAUAUUAGGGCUGUACUCUGAAAAAUCAAAUGAUUGUGAUCUCUUAAAUACUAUUAAACCCUGUGGAAGAAAAAUGCCAGAACAAAGCCAAAGACCAUCACCCCAAAGUUGGAGAACUCAAACUGACCUGCCUAUUCUUCUCAAUGCCUAUCUUACUAAGGUUUGGAUCUUUUAAAAUCAUCUUAUCAGUAUAAUUCCUUAGAGAAUGUUAGGUCCUUCUCCUUUAAGGAUAAAAUUGCACAAGCACAGGACACCAUGAUUUGUUAAUACAUACCUUGGUGUGUUCAGCUUCAAGCCUUGCCAUCCUUUAAAACAUUGUGGUAUGAAUGUGUUUGCUAGGCCUGCAUAAUAAUUGAUCUAUAGACCUGUUGAACCUUGCCAUGUAUGACAGUUCACACAGGUUAAUACUGAAUGUAAACUAAAAUUAGAAUAAGAAUUGUUGUAUUCAAUUAUUUUGGCUGUAAUUUAUGCAACUGCUUUUUGUGAUUCUUAGAAAAGGAAGCACCUGUGUUACCUUAUUACUGUAAAAUUUUCUUAACCAAAAUUUGGUGAAUUACACUAGUCGGUCUACCUCACAUUUUGUUUAUGAUUCUAAAUUGUCUUUUAAGUUGUCUCUACCGUAUGUUGUCUUUUCAUUUAAUUUGGUGAAUGUAUUAAAAUUCUCCCCCAUCCCCUUAAA